AUGUGUCCAGAAGAUAUUGAGGCUUGGGCUAUGCGAGCAGAGGCUUAUUCCAGGCUCGAGAAGAUCGCUAAGCCAAAGGUAACGAUUGACUCGUAUGAACGAAUGGCGGAACUGAUGCAGGCAAGCCCCGAAUCCCGUGCGAAAGUGACUCCGCAAAUGUGGAAUAACCUUGGCACGAUCAGAGCUAUGCAUGGGGAUCCAGCCCAAGCCAAAGAGGCGUAUGAUAGCGGCAUGGAGCGCAUCGAGUCCCUGCAACAGCUUGGAGAGGCUCAGGCUGGCCAUUCCGAGAAGGACCUGCGUGUGGCCGAGAUCACCAUGCGUUUCAACAAGGCCUGGCUGGCAGAAAGCCAGCCGCAGGAAGGCAACAUGAACCAGGCGGUUCAAGGGUAUUUGGCGCUGACAGAGGGUGUGAAGUGGUUUGCCGAUGCUUUCCUUCAGCUUGGAGGGCAAUGGCAGCGCGUCGGCAACAAGGAAGAGGCUUUGAGAAAUUUCAGGGAGGCGAUAAAGUACAGCCCCUUUCUGGGCAAGCUUCUCUGUUCCGAGGCACUCCGUGCAUCAGGCAAAUACGAAGAAGCGCUCAAGUGGGGUGAAAAGGCGGCAAGAUCUGCGCAAGCCAAUGAGUUUCACUAUGCCCACGUCUUUGUCGGCAAUCUCUGCUACGAGGCUUCAACUAAUCACAAGACACCACCGCCAGAGCGCGAUGCCUACUUGAAGAAGGCAAUGGACUAUUACUUGAAAGCACUGGAGCUCAAGAAGGACUGCCAGUUUGCAGCGAACGGCCUUGGCAUGGUUUUCGCAAAGCGUGGAAAGAUGGAGAUUGCCAAGGAGUUCUUCAAUUCUGUGAUGAACCACCAGGCCAUGCAAGAAAAUCCUUCGGUGUACAUAAAUCUGGGCCAUGUUUUGCUGGAAUUCGGAAGGCCUGCUGACAUCAGGAAAGCGCUGGAGUGUUACUAUGAAGCCAAGGGCAAGGAUCCUGAGGACAAGUCCGUGCGGAGUUACAUUGCACAGGCUCACUUCAUGUUGGAGGAGUUCGAAUUAGCAUCAUGCUCUCUUGCCGAAGCUGUUUACUAUCGGCCAGGCGACAUGCAGCUACGCUUCAACCAAGCGACUUGCUGGGAAGCUUGGGCCAGGCACGUCCUCUUAAAGAAACUCGAAGAAAGAACAAAGACACACGACGACAUGAUCGAAGAGGUCAAGUCAGCAAUAGGGGCCUUGGUGAGUGCCGACCGCGUGUGGAAAUCUCUCCGGUCAGAGUGGGAAAGAAAGUCCGACUCCGAACGCCGCGCUAUCGCAAGCACCACAGGCGCACCAAAGAAGUUUCUCAAGGACGAGAGCACUUUGCAAAGUUGCUUGAGUCGCUGCGUGGGGAGUUUCUUUCAGAAGAAGCAGCCGAAGCCAUGUGCCUCCAUGAUGCGGAAGGAGCUAUGCCAGCUUCGUCAACAGGCCAACCGACAGCGCUGGAUAUGUUGGGAAAGUGAUGCGACAGGUCUCGAAGUCGAGGUUGCCAUGCUGAGUGGACGAUCUUGGACAUUCAUCAUUGGCAAUACGGCCAAGGGUGUGGAGGUCAAGGAGCGACUGGCAGAACUGUCAGGGAUUCACCAGACUGAACUAUCUCUCGUUUGCAACGGUAGACAGAUCAGAGACGACGAGGUGUUGCUGCCAACUUUCUUCUCUGAACUCGCUGGCCCACCUCCGCAACUGCAGCUUCUUAGGAUAUUCAGGCCCUUCGCUUUGACUUGCAGCACAGACUGUACGCUGAAGAUGUGGGACAUGGACCGAGCAGAGUGCGUGCAAACCCUGCGAGGUCAUGGAGAUGGUGUGAUGUCGGUCGCGGUCGAUUGGAAAUCGAGAUAUGCUGUAAGCGGCGCACAUGACUGCACUCUUCGCGUGUGGGAUUUGGACCACUGCAUCUGCGUUCAAGCUUUCCAGGUGGAUGACCAUCCUGCCUUCUGUCUAGACUUCGAUCAUUCCUGCGGCCGCAUUCUCACAGGUUCAUGGGAUAAGCAAGUGAAGAUCUGGGACAGCGAGACUGGCGUAUGCCUCGGCACCUUUAAGGGCCACAGCGGCAUGGUCAAAGUCGUGAGGCUUCACUGGCCCCGUCGUCGUGCUUUGAGCGGUUCAUGUGAUGGUACGCUGAAGCUAUGGGAUCUUGGCGCAGAGUCAAGCUGCAUCCGGUCUCUGAAUGGACACCAAGACGAGGUUUGGUCCGCAGAUGUGGAUUGGUCCCGAAACACGGCUUUGAGUGGAUCCGCGGACUUUACUCUGCGCGUCUGGAAUUUGACUACUGGUGAUUGCUUGGCAACUUUGCGUGGACAUACCAACGGUGUGUCUGCCGUUUCGCUCCAGGCUAAGGAAGGCCGCGCGCUUAGCAGCUCAUGGGACAGGAGCUUGCGGCUGUGGGAUGUGAACAGACAAGAAUGUCUGGUACUGCUAGUACACGGUAGUGCGGCCUGCGCCUGA